UUUUAUUCAUUCGGCUUGGUUUAAAGGUCUCGCAUCAGAGCCAUGCUGUUUAAAAAAGUUAUCAAUUGGUCGGUUUUGAGUUUUUGACGUCUGUUGACUAUUGUAUCUUGGAGUUGAUAUUUUUGAUCGGUGUUGUUGUAACUGUAUUUUGUUUGUUAUUGAAAUUGCUACAUUUUUAUCUCUUAUCAUGACUAAAACUCGUACGAAAUUAUUUUGAUGACGACAUUACAUAGUUAAUAAACGAUAGUUGAAUUUAAAAAUACAUCAUGGAAGAAGAAAUAAGAUGUAAUGUUUGUAAAGAAUUCUACAGAGAACCCGUGCUUCUACCUUGUGGACACGCUGUGUGUCGGGUCUGUGCAGAAAAGUUGCAGGUUCACAUUCACGAUAAUGAAGGUUCAGGGUCGUCUAAUGAUUAUCAAGAAGCGGAUAAAGCAUCAGUGUCGAGUGAAACUGACAGUGGUGUGGUAUGUGGAUCAAGGCCUAAUAGUUACGCGGGAACCCCGGCUGUGCCAGCAUAUUCGUCUGCUGCAUUCAGUAUUACAUGCCCUUCGUGUAGGAAACUAGUUUACUUGGAUGACAACGGAGCUGAUGGACUCCCUCCAUUUCGCGUUAUGCGAACAAUUGUUGAACGUUUCGGGGGCGUCACUGGUGCACCGCCUGCAGAAGAAGCAUGUCAAAUGUGUGAAGGAGAACGUCGUGCAGCUGUUGUCCGUUGCGAACAGUGUUCAGUGAGAUAUUGUGCUGCAUGUCGUGAUGCCUGGCAUCCUACUCGUGGUCCAUUAGCACAACAUGAAUUACGGGCUCUAGGGACUACUUGCGCUGAUCAUGGUUUUCCUCCAGUACAAUAUUGUGUAACAUGUUUAAUUCCCAUCUGUCAACGGUGUCUUACUGAGAGACAUUCAAUACAUGAAACACAACCUUUAGCAACAGCAGCAAGGACUCAUAAGACUGAAUUAUCACAAUCCCUGCAGCAUUUAUCAGAACAGGCCAAAUCCAUGACAGACCACAUACAAAAAGUAAAAGCUUCUGGUGAAAAAAUUAAUGAAUCUUGUGAGGAAUUGGAGAAGCAAAUUGACAAUGCAUGUGCAGAACUAACUUGUGCCAUAGAAAGACGACGAGAUGAAUUAAUUCGUGCAGCACGCAGUACCAAAUCUCAGGCAAUUGCAAACAUGAGAUCUCUUACUUCGCAUGCUGCGCAGAAACUAAGAGAAGCCACUGCCCUGCUACACUUCUCUAUUGAAGCAUUAAAAGAACCAGAUCAGGCUGCAUUUCUUCAGGUGGGCAACAUUCUGUCUAUACGAGCACAAGAAACUGCUGCCAAUUUAUGUACGUCCUUGGAGCCGCCUCCGUCUCCGCCGGCGCUUAACUUGGAUAUAGAACCAGUGUUGCGUACAGUGAAAAGCAUGAAUUUUGUUGAAUGUACACCACCGGGCGCUCCGGAAAUGGCAGUAGAGGCUUGUGCGGCUCGCGGGUGCUCGUGCACGCUGGCCUGGAAGCCGCCGCCCGCGCCCUCCGCCGUGCGCGGAUACGUACUGGAAUUGGAUGAUGGACUCGGGGGACCGUUUCGGGAAGUGUAUUGCGGUCGGGAAACCGUCUGUACAAUCGACGGCCUCCAUUACGCGUCGCUGUACAGCGCCCGCGUUAAGGCAUUCAACGGAGCCGGCGAGGGACCCUAUAGCGAAAUAAUAGGAUUGCAAACUUCACCGGUGGCGUGGUUCACGUGGGACGCGCGGUGCAGCUCGGGCGGGGGGGGCGGCGGGGUGUCGCUGUCGGCGGACGGCGCGCGCGCGGCGGCGGCGGGCUGGCAGCCGCGCGUGGUGCUCGCCGACCAGCCGCUGGCGCGCGGCCUGCACUACUGGACGCUGCGGCUCGACGCGUACGACGGAGACGCGGACCCCGCCUUCGGCAUCGCCCGCGCCGACGUCGCCAGGGAUAAGAUGCUCGGAAGCGACGCGCUGGGCUGGGCGAUGUACAUCGACGGGUCGCGGUCGUGGUUCGUGCACGGCGGCGCGCACGGCGGGCGCACUGCGGGCGGCGUGCGGUGCGGCUCCACUGUGGGCGUGCUGCUCGACCUCACGCGCGGCACGCUGCGCUUCACCGUCGACGACCAUCCACAGGGAGACAUCGCAUUCACCGGACUGCGCGGCGCCUUCUACCCCGCGGUGUCGCUGAACCGCGGCGUGGCCGUGACGCUGCAGCCGGGCCUGCCCCCGCCCGAGCGGCUCCUCUCGCAGCUCGCCGCCGAGUGAGCCGUAGACACGUGUUCAUUGAACUGCCGAGGCCGGCGCUCUCUGACAACGCUGCGCCUACACCCUGGACCACGGGUAGAGCUGUCACUACAUUCUAUCUGCGAUGAGUUUGUCACGCUAUUUUACUAUUAGUAAAAUACCCAAAAUAGUUUUAAAGCCACUUUGAAAACAUAACGAUUAAAAUUAAUUUUCUUAACCCAGAAAAAUUAUGUAUUUAAAAUAAAGUAUAUGCUUUUUUUUUUGGAUCGACAGUUGAAUCACGAGAAUGAAAAAUAGAACAGACGAUUUUUAGGACGUGUUACAAAAUACCCUGAUGUUUGAAAGGGGGGUUUUAUUUAUUUAACUUAUUUAUUUGUAUUUUGGGCACUAAACCUUAAUGUGUUAUGUAUUUAAAUAGUGUGUUCAAUGAACAAAUUGUAAUGAUUCCCGUAAAACAGAAAAAUAUUUGUUUCAAAGCGCCCUCUACUCACGAAUUGAACGAUAUGGCAUUUUAAAAUUCCCAUAUCUGAGUAAUGAAAUUACAUAAAUACAAACAAUCUAAUCAUAAUAUUAAUCAUGGAUAGUAGUAGUACAUUUGAUAUAUUUGUUUUCGAGAAAUCGGUUGGGCGCGUCAUGGAAUAUUCCAUUCUCAACUUUAUGUUAAAUGGGAAUGGGUGCAUAAUGUAUUUAAUAUCACAAUUAAACAGCGUCUUUUAUAUAGUAACUAGUUCGGCUUAAAUAAUAACUAAAAACGUUCCGAGCCCCGUCCGUGAUAUAAUAUUUAACGUUGACAUUUAUUCGAAGUCAUCAAACUGGUUUCUGUACAACAUAUAUUACGAAUAUUCAUAGUGAGUUCGAGAAUUCAUAUUCUUAUUUCGGCAUACAAUAUAGUCUUAAUAAUACAAAAUAAAUGUAAAGUGAAUAUUCAUAGAAUUUAAUGAAAUUAAUGCGAGUGUAGCUAGGCAUUUAUAUUAAGGAAUUUCAAAAUUAAUAUUAGCAACCAACCGCUACUAAAAAUCAAACUAGUCUUAUAUAUUCGUUGAAAUUCUUAUUGCCGUUUAUAUACUAGUGUAAAAAUAGUUUUAAAUUACUUUACACUUACAAUGAUUGGAUUAGGCAUUCACUUAUUUUAAAUUAUUUAUUAAUUAAGUAUUACACUGUGCCAGAUAACAUUAUAUUAAAAUUUAAUGGUUCUAGUGUUUUAAACAUAUUUUUUUCUAUAAAUUAAUACUUAAAUAAGAAAAUAUUUUAAGCGACGAGACUGUCAUUAAUUAUCAAUAGUUUAAUAUUUAAAUACAUUACUUUUUUUUUCUAAAUAGAAAGCACACGUCUUAAGCCAAGACUGAUUAAAAUUGUCUUAAUAGUAAAUUAUUAAUAUUUAAUUACAGAAUACAUUACUAAACUGUAAGAAUACGAAAGAAAACCUGGCAGUCUUAUCCCUAAACGUUCAGUCAGGUUAUAAGCGAAAAUAAUAAUUAAAUCUUGGAAAUAAGUUUGUAGAUUACUGUGCUCUUUAAUUUCCAAUAUUAGUUUUAUAGCUUUGGUAUAAUUAGUCCGUACUUAAACAUAACGUAAUUAAUAAUAUUAUGAAAGAUCAAAUACUUUUAAAUCUGUAUUCAUAUUAAUCAUGUUAUUAUUUAUUUUAUUUUUAUACUUAUUGUACACAAAAGAAAAUACAAUAAAAAACAGAUUUAAAGAAUUCUAAAUACUAUGUACAAAGGCGAGCUUAACUCAUUCAUGAGUUUUCUUCCAGCAAACCAUUAUCAGAGAGAAAUACGAUGUAUAAGAGGGGAAUAGUGUACAAUAUAAAGCAUGAUUUUUAACUAAGCAUUAAAAAAAAUAAUCUAACAUUAAAUGAAAAAUACAUAUAAAUAAAAAUACAUAAAACAAUAACUUAAAUACGAUUAAAGUGACAGGAAAUGUUUCUUCAUUUGACUCUUAAAAACUUCUAGAGAGGAACUAGCACGAAUAGGUUAAGGGAGAGAAUUCCAUAAUCGCACUGCUUGUAUUGUGAAAGAGCCACUAUAGCGACUAGAGCUGUGUAUGGGAGUUUUUAAAAGAAGAGAAGUGGCUUGUCGACUAACUUUGCCGUCAGGAAUCAGAUAUUCAAAGCGUUCACGGAGAUAGAUAGGGGCAUCAGGAUUGUGAAGAAUAGAAUAGAGAAAAGAGAGAAUGUGGCAAUCUCGACGUCGCCUAAUCGGCAGCCACCCCAGCUCAGCCCGGAAAUCGGAGACAUGGUCAUACUUCCGGAGACCAAAAAUGAAGCGGAUGCACAAAUUCUGCAGACGUUCUAGUUUAUCUAAAAGCAAUUCAGAAGCAUCUAGAAAACAGAUAUCAGCAUAAUCGAGAAGAGGAAUUAAAAGCGUUUGGGCAAGAUAAAUUUUAGUGCGAAGAGGCAAGAAUUUUUGAAGGCGUUUCAGAGACUGAAAGGAGUAAACUGUUUUUCUGCUUACUUCGGAAACGUGAUUAAUCCACGAGAGGUGACUGUCGAUGUAUAAACCUAGAUUUUUGACACAUUUCGAAUACGCUAUCGGAACGUUGUCGUAGAGGAUGGGCGCUAACGAGCUGUAAUCGAGAAGGCCGCACAUAUACCUACCACCAACAAUGAGAGCUUGCGAUUUCGAAGGAUUCACCAAAAGACCAAAGGACUUGGCCCAGUUGUAAAUCGCAGAGAGAUCCACGUUGAUUGCCGAAAUAGCAGCCCCAACGUCAGCAACCCUCGUAUGACGAUAUAGCUGCAAGUCGUCUGCAUAGAGAUGGAAGUGUGAAGAUAAAGAUUGAGAAAUUGUGUUUAUAAACACAGAGAAGAGGAGAGGAGAAAGUACGCCACCCUGUGGAACACCCGCAGUGAGGUCACACCACUCAGAGAAAGACUCUUCAUAGCGAACCGACUGCGAGCGUCCACGGAGGUAAGAAUUAAACCACUGAAUUACCGAAGACGAGACAUUAAGAGAGGAUAGGAUACCGAGAAGAAUGUCAAAAUCAACUGAAUUAAAAGCAUUGCUAAAGUCCAGUAAAACCAAAAUAGUAAUUGAUUUCCGCUCCAUGGCCAAGCGAAUAUCAUCGGUGAUUUUCACCAACGCGGUGACAGUGCUGUGACCUGGACGGAAUCCAGAUUGAUACGGACUCAGUAGGUUAUUCGAAGAGAGGUAAAAAGACAGUUGUUUCUGAACAAUGCUCUCGAGGACUUUGGAAAAGAUCGGAAGAAUAGAGAUGGGACGGUAAUGGGACAAAGAAGCAGGUUUUGCAAUUUUAGGCAAGGGUAGGACAUGAGCCUUUUUCCAAAGUGACGGAAAGGAACUGGACUCAAGAGAAAAAUUUAUUAUGUGGCAAAGGAUAGGAGCAAUUUCCUCCAUGAUAAGUGUGAACAUUUGAAGCUGCAGAUUAUCACAUCCUACUGCCUUGGUGGAAAUGGAUUGAAAGGAUUUUUUAAUAUCCCGCUUAGCAAUUGGUGUAAAGGAAAAAGAAGUAUUUAAUGGCUUAGAAAGAUUUGAGAGAUGGUUAAGAGUAGAAGAUUUGAUGGUGGCAUCGAGCGUGACUGGAGGCUUGGCAAAAUGCGCAUUGAGUGCGUCAAUAUUCGCCAUUACGGUAUUCUCCUCAACAGCCUUACCGAUACCAAGAGACUUGAGAAAUCGCCAUACUUGUGUAGUAUCGAGAUUAGUUACGGAAUUGUGAAUGUGGCGUCUCUUUGCAUCCCUACACAGGCGACUGCAACGGUUGCGAAGUUUUUUGUAGACUGCCCAGUUUUCCUCAGACGAGUUCUUCCUAUACCUCAUUUUUGCUUUAUGUUAUUAUUAUAUUAUUAACAACAUAAUCGGUCAAACAGGCUUAAAAAUGUAUAUUAAUCGUUAUUUGUACUUAAAAGUUGUGCGUGUGUUGGUUAAAAUUUUCUUUAAAUUGAUUCUACAUAGAGUUCUUAAUCGUACUAAAUAGAUACCUUUUAUAUUGGACUAAUGUACACCGUCCUUGAAUGUAUAAAUUUGAAAGGUUUUUUUUCUUUAUGUCAUUUUGACAGCUUUCACGGCCGCCAUCUUUAUAUUCAACGGUAAAUUCGUUGCGUUGUGUGUUUUUUUCCUUACUGUCGAAGUCGUCUUCUUUUUUACUUGAAUUUGUUUAAUAAUUAGUGUCAGAAGUGCAAGCUGCUACUGCAGGAAGCAGAGAAACAUAUCAACUGAUUGCUGAUUUAAUGAUUACAUUAAAUUAUUGAUCAAUAUACAGCUCGCUUGUUCAAUUGGACAUGAUUUUGGGCACUGAGACAUGAGUCGACUAUUAUCAAAGGCGGCAAUCUGACUUUUGGACAAUGAUUGGUAAAUCAGAAAAACGAAUUAUUGACUUUGUAUUCCAUUGGCAGUUACAAAACUCUUCGGAACGACAUCUUAGAUAAAUAACAGGUUAACUAUUAACCUUUAUUUAAUGCAGGUUUUGAACCGUAUUCUUUGAAGGAGACGAUUAUAUUCAAAUAAAUCUGUAUUGACAUAUCAAUAAAAAUGUUUUGUCCAAAUGUACAGAUUGCCACCUUUGAUAAUAGACGACUCACAUCUGAAGAUAUUAAAAAUACAUUACAAUAUACAACACCGUUCCUCCCCUCCUCCUCAUAUUUUGAGUUUUUCGAUAUUAAUAAUAUCUAUUUAUUUAUUUAAAAAAAGUACUGCCACAUCACAAACAUUUAACAUUGCAAAUAACUUAAACUAUUUAAUGUAUGGCCUGAUGCAUGUGACAAUAAUGGCGUACAUAACAUUAUCUGCACAUUCAAAGUAUAAUAAGUAUAUCUACGCGAGGAUAUAUACGCGAGUAUGUCUAUAGUAAGAUUUUUUUAAAGUUUGAUUUAAAAAAUGAAUAUAGAACAAAAAAGACACACACACACACACACACUUCUAUGCUUAUAAAACUAUGUAAUUCUAGCAAUAGUAGAAACAACUUUAUGAAUGAAAUAUGUACUUAGAGUUCAGAUAUACUAAUAUGACUGAUUCAAUGAUUAAGAUAAACAGUUAUGUGAUCCUCUGCUAUGCAAUAACGGCAUCGAAUUUAUAUCUGAAACAUGUAAUGUAAUCGUAUGCUAGGCUUAAGAAACUUUGUAUCAUUCAAUUUACGUAAUAUGUUUUGUUAUAUUUAGUAAUAAACAAUGGAUUCAGACGUAUAAAAGACAACAUUAUAAUAUAAUAUGUAGUUAGUAGUUAUAUGAACCAAGUUUUCUUCACGAUAUUUAAAUAUGUACAUGUAACGAGAACUGAAACUCAACUAAGUAGUUAGCAUUUGUGUAUAUUCGAAUCAAUUAAAACGCGCUUAUAAUUAUUAGACUAUAAUAAUAUACCAUAUACUAUAUACUAUAAUUAUUAUAUCAAGUUGGAUUGUGAAUUUUUUAAUUAAAACUCGAUUUUGUGUGUUUA